AGUUUAUGGUCGCCGCGUCCGCAAGGGCGCGUUGGUGCGCGCGGCAAAAAUGACGUCAACGCGGAGUGGGCGGUCGCGCGCAUUGGGUGCGCAAGACCCCAUUUCGCGUGGCGAGGUGCACGGCAUUUUUUGUAACUUUCCGCGCGGCUCCGCAUCCGAAAAUGAACGACUUCGAGGCGAGUUUGUCCGAGCUGGUACGUGCCUACCGCCAUAUUUAUGACUCCUCUAUGCGGGACCACAAAGAUAGCCAGAUGGCGCAGAAUUCGUGGAAGGAGAUUGCCACAACUUUGGGGAAGGAAGAAAUUGUUUGCAAAAAAGUGUGGAAAAAUCUGAGAGACCGAUUUGUUAAAGCAAAGAAAAAAGUUAGUGGAAGAAGCGGUGACCCUGGUGGAUACAAGAUCAAUGUUCCAAUUUUAAGUGAACUUGGAUGGUUGUCCCAGUAUGUGAAACACCGUGAAACGGAUUCCAAUAUGGAAGCAAAGGAGGAAGAAACAAUGAACACACCAACCAUCAUAGGCCUCCCACAUAACCACACACAAAGAAACAUCUUCAUGGCAGAGUCACCUGGACACUCUUCAUCUUCACCACAGUCAUCACCUUCUAUAGACUUUGGAACACCAGAGACCACCUCAGACAGCUCUUCCCCAGGAACCUCAACACAACUUCACAUUUCACCAAUCAUGGUUUCUUCUAACAUUCCUGCAUCUCCAUCACCAUCUUUACCCGACUCACAAAGAACACCAGCACAGCACCCCAUCCCGUCCCCGUACUCUUCUGUCCGUAAAAGACAAAGGGCAAAUGAAGAUGCUCUGCUAAUGCGUCUAGAACAGCUGGACAGGGACAGGCAAAGUCGUCAACAAGAGACUGAGGACUACCGAUUUGCUGUUGCUAUGGCUGACCUGCUAGCAAAACUGGACACAAACAAAAAACUUGACGUAAAAUUACAAAUUAAUCAGAUUUUGUUGGACGCUUUAAGGGACAGAGAUGCCUGAAAUUUACAACACAUACCAUCCACUUGGUAUUAUAUUGUUUUUUAUUAAAAUAGAAAGUUUUUGUGUUGCAAUGCAAUACUUUUACAUUGUAAAAUAAUUUGUUUAUUUGGCACUGCAGCUUUUUCAUACCUCCUUACCUUGUGAUGCAUAUAAAUAUCUUUAAAAAAAUUGCUUCCAGUUGUUUUGUAUAUAUUUUCAAGUGCCUAUAAAAGAAUUGCUAAACACCUUUUGUUGCUU